UGAAACUAGUAAAAAAAAAAUCAGCCCCAGAUUUCUUCUCAUCCAUUUCUCGUCCGCACAUUUUUCACUUUUUCUGAUUAUCCGCUGACGGGUGGAGUUCUUUUUUUGAUUGCUUCGCAAAAGCAAUAAAUUCAGUAACUUUUGCUUCACCAUUUAUAUAAAUUUUCAUCUACACAUCAAGCAUAAUUUUAUGUUAAUACAAAAAAAAAACACCCAAACGCACAAAUUAGAAAGCCAAUAAGCAAACAACUCAAGGGAUGCGAUUGUGUUCUUUGCGACGACAUCGGAGCAGUCUACAUAACAACAACACACCCGUAGCAGCUGUGUUGGUGCCACAGCCACGAAAUUAAAUCAAUCACAUUGUAAAAUAGAAACUCUUUAUAAAUCAGUGUGUACUCAUUAUUUUGUGUCUAAGCAAAAAUCAAUCUCAAGAACAAUAACCAUCUCAAGAGAUUUUUAACUCUUGAUGCCACCCUGUUGACGAAGGGGCACCACGCCACAUAAAAGCCGGGUGCAACGUGCAAUCAUAAAAGAUCAUCGACAAAGGAAUAAAUUCCUGAUAGGUUUAACUAUAUAACAACUUAUUUUUGUCCCUUGUGAUUUGGUUAACCUGUCGUCGUCAUGUCGGUUUUGAGACAAUUUCUGGGAUCUAGCUCAUGGGUGCGUGCAUUAAUGAUUUUCGUUGUUGCAUGGGGAUUUUUGGUGUACAUAUUCGUCUCGAAGCUGAGCACGCAGCCAGCAAAUGUCGAGCAAGAUAGCACUGUGAAAAGAAUGAAUCAAGCACUACAGAUGUUGGAGCACUCGAAACAGAGAAACGAUGAAUUGAGGCAAAUGAUUUCCGACUUUAUGAGUGACCAAGUUGACAAACAAUCCGCUCAGAAACUCAUGGAUAAUCUGGAAUCGAAAUUACAACGCGUCGCUGAUGGCGUUGGCGUUCAAAAUGCCCACACAUUGGAACCAAGUUUGGAGUAUGAACAACUUCAUCGUCGCAUACGUUCCAAUACACAAGAGCUUUGGAAUUACUUCAGCGAUUCGUUGGGCAAAAUUCGAAAACGUGUACUUACUGAAAUGCCCGAUCUUGCUGAUGAUAUACAAAAUAUUUUACAAAUGGGCGCUGAGAACAAAAGAUCUCUUAUUUAUGACAUUGAUAGAAUGACAUCAGUAGAUGGAUAUGAAAGUUGGCGCCAUCAAGAAGCUACAAAUCUCAGUAACUUAGUCCAAAAACGGCUAUACUACCUUCAAAAUCCAAAAGACUGUAAAAAUGCACGAAAACUAGUUUGCAAGCUAAACAAAGGCUGCGGGUAUGGAUGUCAGCUACAUCAUGUAGUCUAUUGCUUUAUAGUUGCCUAUGCUACAGAGCGGACAAUGAUUUUAAAAUCCAAAGGAUGGCGGUAUCAUAAAGGCGGAUGGGAAGAAGUUUUCCAACCUAUAUCUGAUACAUGUACAGACGUGGAGGCUGUACAUGCUAACAAUUGGCCUGGACAACAUGACACACAAGUACUUGUGUUGCCCAUAAUAGACUCUCUUAUUCCAAGACCGCCGUAUUUGCCACUUUCAAUACCAGAAGAUCUAGCUCCUCGAUUAAAGAGAUUGCACGGAGAUCCUAUCGUCUGGUGGGUAGGACAGUUUUUAAAAUAUCUUCUCAAACCUAAGCACUCCAUCAAAGAAAUGUUGGAGAAUGGUAUGGACAAGCUUGGAUGGAAAAAACCUAUCGUAGGAGUUCAUGUUCGACGAACUGAUAAAGUAGGUACCGAAGCCGCAUUUCAUAGCCUAGAAGAGUACAUGACUCAUGUCGAGGAUUACUAUUUGACCAUGGAAACUAACGGCACCAAAGUUGAUCGACGUAUAUUCCUUGCAUCGGAUGAUGCUCGUGUAAUUGAAGAGGCAAAAAAGAAAUACCCUAACUAUGACAUUGUGGGCGACCCUGAUGUUGCAAGAAUGGCUGCUGUUUCCACACGGUACACCGAUUCAUCCCUCAAUGGAAUCAUUCUCGAUAUACACAUGUUAUCGUUGUGUGACUAUCUAGUCUGCACGUUCAGCUCACAAGUGUGCCGAGUGGCAUACGAAAUUAUGCAGACUUUAUAUCCUGAUGCAGCGCAUCGAUUUAAGUCGUUAGAUGAUAUCUAUUACUAUGGCGGACAGAAUCCCCAUGACCGUGAGGCUGUAAUUGCGCACAGUCCAAAGAAUCACGAUGAAAUUCAUAUGCGACCAGGGGAUCUGGCUGGUGUUGCUGGUAAUCAUUGGAAUGGCUUUUCGAAGGGAAAGAACAAACGAACCAACCAAAUGGGUCUGUUUCCAUCAUUCAAAGUAGUGGACAAGGUUGAAACGGUGAAACUGCCUACUUACCCGAAUGCGUAAAACUUGGGCGACACGAAGCAGAGUAGGGUAUGGUUUCAGGUUGGUGUAAAAUGACGCAAAGAGUCUUUAGACGAUGUAUAUGUAUAGAUAAUAAUCAUGGCGCAAACUAAAAUAAAAUCUCAACCAGUGGUAGAAUUAAGUUUUUCUCUUAA